AUGGUAGUAGAGACGCCAGAUCUCCCGACCACCGAGCGAACAGAUAGGGAACGUACGUUCGCUGACGUUGCCGAGACUCCGCGAAAUGGCUCGACUUUGCCAUUCCCUGUUGAACUACUUCGUAUGAUAUUCUCCCACAUUCUCCAUGGAAGUCGCAUCGAGGAGUCGCCAAAGAGAACAUUAGAAGACCUGACAUUGACCUGCAAGGUGUUCUAUCAUCUCGCACAACCUUUCUUAUUCGACUCUUGCACUCUCUCCAUAUCCUGUACUUGGCAACGCGUACCGCCAGAGGGUACAGUAUACCCCUCUUAUGCAGAUUCAUUUUUAUGGGACAUAAGACCUCUCAGCACCCAGGAAGCAGAGAAAACCCUGCGGAAACUCGAUUUCAUUGGACAGGAGAGAAUUGCUUCCGGGGUUCAUCGCUGUCUUCUUGCUCCUCUAGCGUAUCCGCGGCAUUGGACAGAAUUGAUUGAUCGCCGCCAAGAGGAUACCCAUGAGCGUAUCAUUGUUGACAGAUUCUUCUACGACCUCGUCCCGAAGUUGGCAAAUCUCAAAGCACUGGAAUUGAUCCAUGUCACUCUCGGACUACGUCAUCUAUGUCUCUUGCAAGAUGUAUGUACUCAUUUGCACUCCUUAACCUCUGAAACGUGCUUUCUGCUGGAGGAUGAAGCGGGCGAAGAGAUGCCUCUUGAAGACCACAGUCGCAUGUGUAUCAUUCUCCCGUUCGAGCAUCUCGUAUACAAGGAGAAACCUGUAUAUCCUGGUAUCCGGAAGACAUAUCUUCCGUUACCUGACCCCUCUCAUGUCAAGUCUCUAUCCUGCCAUUUGUAUUCAUAUGAAUUAUCAUCCGACAGGCGUAGUCGGGAGCAGGACCUACUCUUCCAACUCACAGCUUUGGCAAAAUUCACUUCACUGCGCUCAUUGGACAUCACCAUCUGGCCGUAUGGUACCACAUACGACUGGCGGCAAUUCAUAUUCUCCCACUGUGGCUCGAUAGAGAAUCUCUCGAUACAAAAGCGUACAGAUGCUAACCUCGAUCCUGUGGCUCCUCGCGGUUUACCCCCACUUAAGCUGUUCCGCGGGAUGUGGGAUGACAUCAGCCUCUACGCUCUGCAGCAGGGUGGUCUCCGACAUCUUGUUGUCACUGGAAAACGUGCAGAGGCUCCAGGAGAUCGUUUAUGGGACCGUCCUUCUCUGCGGGAUUCUGAGGUGCUCAUUGCACUCAAUAAUUGGACGGAAGGAUUUGCGUCUCUAGAGUCGCUAGAGUUGAAGAUCGGCGGCACGUCGGGGGAGGAUAUCAUUGUUCCAUUAUUGGGUUGCUGUCCGCGACUAAGAGCGUUGAAGCUGAUGGGAGAAAGGACAAUUCCCAAUGCCGUCCUGUUGCUGUCUUCUGCAUUUGUUGCAGUUGCAUCGUCUCCAAACAUGGAAUAUUUUUCGCUCCCCAGGUAUAGUAUCAUGUCCGGCGACAGGACAUUACUGAACUUGAUGAUUUCCGCCUUGUCGGUUCCCCUACGCACGCAAUGUCCCAACCUACGCUAUGUCCACUAUGAGCUUUUAGAGAUAUCGCUUGUGCUCGAAGGCUCGGUGGAGAUUCCGGAUGCGAGAAGUUGCAAUGUGCAGUUUGAUCCUUCGGACGGUCGUAUACUGCCCGACGAGCGCAGAAUCGAGGAUUGGAGGAACAGUGUGUGA